CACUGUAAAUGCCGCAUUGAUCUCUCCUCAGCUGUUUCAUCUUCUAAUUUGCAUAAUAUCUCAUUCGCUACGAGUUUUAAACCGUCAAAAAUGGCUCGUGGCUUUGAAGAAACCGUGGGUUCGGAUUCUGAUUUCAGUACAUGGAGCGUUCCGGAGCUGAUUUCGUUUCUGAGAUCUUCCUUUCGCGAUGCCGAGUAUGAUGCGGUGGAGUCGGUUUUGGUCUCACGUGAAGGCAAACUGAAGGCCGAGAUUGAGAGGAAAGCGCAUGACAACAAUCUCUGCCAGGAAAUCCAGGCAUUUCUGCUGGCUCGAGAGGAGAAGCGAAAGACUCAGAUUCGGACCAUUAUGGAAAAGGAAGAAACGAUGAGAAAAGAAUACGAGGUGGAGCUAUUGAAGAAGACUAAUCUGGAAAACGAACUCCAGAAAUGCCGGGCAGAGGUCUUGGAGCUGGGAGUUAGGAAUUCGCAGAUAAGCGAGGAAAUAAAGCAAUGUCGAGAUCGGGAAGACACUCUUAAGAGUGAAAUGGAGUCUGCAAAAAGGAGGGCAGAGACAGAGGUGGAGAUGUGGAAGAGAAGAUUUAGGGAUUUGGAAAUGGGGAUUUCAAACUUGGAGAAAGAUACUUCAGAGUUGAUGGAGUUGCAGAAUAUGGAGAAUGUGGUACCUGAAAACAUUGUUACUGACGAAAUGAUUCUGGAGAAAGAAGCAAAUGAGAAUUUGGAAAUUUUGACUGACGGAAAUAGAGUAGAUGUCAAAAUUGAAGCCGACACCAUCAAUUGCAAUGAUGAUUUGAAGUCUGACAGUGCUGUUGUGGUAAAUUCAGGUAGCUCAAGACCUCCAUCAAAUGCCAUUAUUGAGAUUAUUGAUAGUGAUGAUGACUGGGAUGCUGGAGGAUCUUUGGUUUCAAAAGAUAGGGCUUUAGACAGUGCUAAUUCAGGCCAGACAGGUAAGGGAAAUGGGACCAGAUUGCUCAAAAGAAAACAACCUUCAAGUCCAUUCUUAGGUGAGAACGAGGGUGGGAGAACUGUUGAUCAUAAGGAAGAUGUUGAUGAUAGUAUUCUGAUUGGUCAACAUGAGAUACAGAAAGCUACUGAGCUGAUUACUGGGCCUGUUAAUUCUAUUGUCAAUAAUUGCUCUGCCAUCGCUACUGCUUCUGGUAGUCACAAUGGUGAAAAGGUCUUGAGCCAAGAGACAAAGAGACAAUGUGGAGAGAAAACGAGGGCAGAUGCAAUUCGAAAAUUUAUGAAUGGCUUAAGUUUGCUUUCGCUUCCAGAGGGUCUUUUGGAUGGCCUUGAAAGUUCUAGCUCCAGCUCCAGCUCCAGUUCCUUUGACUCUGAAGAUGACUAAAUUUAGUUUUUGCCAUAUGAAUUGGCUGCAGAGGCAAAUACUUAUAGAUUGAAUAUGCAACCCAUUAUGGACCUGGAAGCUGUGAUGCUGGAAUCAGACUGAGCUUCAAUUGCAGGUUUACUGUUGUUUUACUUGUAUUUACUUUAUAGCUCAAAGAGGCACAGGGGAACUGAAUAGUGUCAUUUGCUCUAUGCCUAUUACCACUGAUAAUUAUUCUCAAAUGAAACAGCUUAUUGUCUA